AUGGAAAAAAAAGCUUCUGUCGAGGACCAUAGUGUCCCAGAGGAUGUUAUCUCAGGCACCAUCACGCCAUACCGUCAGACGCAGCGCGGUCUAUCGCCUCGACAUGUACAGUUGAUGGCCAUCGGGGGAUCUAUCGGCACGGGUCUUUUUGUCGGGAUUGGAUCGUAUCUACGCGAUGCGGGCCCCUUGUCCGUUUUUCUGGGGUAUCUGUGCUAUGGUAUCUUCUUCAUCUGGCCAUGCAAUCUGUGCGUGGGGGAGAUGUGUGCCUAUCUGCCCAUUCGAGGGUCGAUAUUUGAAUUGGCUGCACGAUAUAUUGACCCUGCGUUUGGGUUUGCCAUGGGCUGGGUAUAUUUCUAUGGAGGACUGAUGUUAGUCUGCACCGAAUAUGCGGCCGUGGCCACCGUCAUGCAAUACUGGAAUACCAGCGUCAAUCCGGCCGUCUGGGUUGCCAUGGCGCUGGUCGUCUGCUUCCUGUUGAAUGUAGUCGCGGUGAAAUGGUACGGCGAGAGCGAAUUCAUCAUGGCCUCCACCAAAGUCCUCCUACUGAUCGGUCUUGUCCUGCUCACCUUCAUCACGAUGGUCGGUGGGAACCCCAACCACGACGUCUACGGAUUCCGCAAUUGGACGAACGGCGUCAUGCACGAAUACUAUACCGACGGCACGACAGGCCGCUUCCUAGGCUUCUUCUCCGUGAUGGUCUACGCCGGCUUCUCCGUCGCAGGACCCGACCUACCGGCACUCGCAGCCGGCGAGAUUCAAAACCCACGCUUCACGAUACCCCGCGUCGUCAAGAUGACCUUUUACCGCAUCGUCGGCUUCUACGUGAUAGGCGUCUUCGCCGUCGGCAUCAUCUGCCCCUCGCAAGACCCUCGUCUCCUCUCCGCCAUCGACAACGGCAGCGCCGGCUCCGCCGCAUCCCCCUGGGUCAUCGGGAUCACGAACCUGAACAUCCACGGCCUCCCCGACCUGAUCAACCUCCUAAUCCUGCUCGCCGGCUGGUCUUGCGGAAACGCCUACCUCUACUCCUCCAGCCGCACGCUCUACUCACUCGCCCGUGACGGCCAAGCCCCAGCCUUCCUCCUUAAAUGCACCGCCGCCGGCGUCCCGAUCUACUGCGUCGCGACGGUCUUGGUCCUCAGCUGCAUCACCUUCCUCGUGGCCUCCAACUCCUCCUCCACCGUCUUCUACUGGUUCGUCGACCUCACUACCUGCGCCCUGAUCGUCACCUACACAAGCAUGGUGAUUGUCUUCCUCGCCUGGUACCGCGCUCUCCGUGCCCAAGGCAUCUCCCGGACCAGUCUGCCCUGGGAAUCGCCCCUGCAGCCUUACUCGGCCAUAUUGGCCGCGAUCAUAGGCUGCACCGUGACGCUCUUCAACGGCUUCACGGUCUUCAAACCAUUCAGCGUACAGGGAUUCAUCACGUCGUAUUUCGGAUUGGCCUUGUGGGUCGUCAUGUUUGUGUUUUGGAAGCUCUGGCAUCGCACGGAGUGGGUGGAUCCUGUGAAGGCGGAUAUCUAUAAAGGGAAGGCGGAAAUUGAUGAGGAGUGUCGGGUCUGGGAGGAGGGAGGUGUGCAGGAGAGGAGGAAGCGGGAGUUGGCGGAGAUGGGGUUCGUGAGGAGGUUUUGGGAGAGGAUGUGGUGA